CCCCUGCUCCAAGUUGACCUUCACCCCCUUCUCUUCGAGUCUUUUUUUUUUGUUUUUCCAUUUUCCUGUUUUGACUUCAAAAGCUUCAUCCCCUUCUUGCGAACGUAGACGCUUCUCUCGCUCCCGUCUCUCAGUCGCAGUAAUCAAUUUCUCGACUUCCUCCUUUUGGACUGCCUGGCUGAAUACCAGAACACAGGAUAUGCUUUGCACUGCUCUCAGUUUCACGGCAGCGGCGGCGGCGAAGGGGACGGCGCGCGCGCUCUGCAGUCGAGAUGAGUGCCGGCGAUGUGGUCUGCGCCGGCUGGCUCAUUAAGUCUCCCCCGGAGAAGAAACUCAAGAGAUUUGCGUGGAGAAAACGCUGGUUUGUCCUGCGACGAGGUCGCAUGAGCGGCAACCCCGACGUGCUGGAGUACUACCAGAGCAAGAGUUCCAAAAAGCCGAUCCGCACCAUCGACCUGAAAGAGUGCAAGGUGGAAAUGCUGAACGGGCAGCUGGGGAUCAAGCGUGACUUCCGGGAGAAGCACCUCUUUGUGGUCAAGACCUCGGCUCGAAUGUUCUACCUGGUGGCCAAGACCGAAGAGGAGAUGAACGGCUGGAUCAGCAGCAUCAGCCGCAUUUGCCACUUUGGCGAACAACAGGAAGCAGGGAGUGCAGAAGGCGGCUUUCCUCACACUCCGCCGUCACUUCAGCCGCCAAGCGACGGCUCGGACCGAGCGUCUCCGUCAAGUCAACGGGAUCGCAGUCCCCCCGCAGAUUAUCUCGUCCUUUCACAAUGCAGGACGGGGAGUCAAAGCGCUUGUCGACACGGCAGCUUCUCAAACUCAGAGACGUCUUUGGAGCAGAAGUCAGCGGAAGACGCGCCCUCGCCUCCCUGCGGCGACUCCUCGUCGUCGUCAUUUCACUGGAUUUCUCAGUUUCGCCUGAGUCCGUCUCCUUCGAAACCCGGGAGCUCGGCCAACCCUCCACUCAGCGCCCCGUGCGCGGCCUCGGCGCCACCUUCCUCUUCGUCGCCGCUCCGUCUCUGCGCCAUGAGCGUCUUCCGGUUUGACAAACCCGACCCCUGUGCGUCAUUUGAGGCCGCCGGCGACGGGCAAACACCUCCUCCGCUGCCACCUAAGCCCGACGAAGGCUUUCGCAGGCCGAGGGCGAUGAGCGCGCGGCAUUUCCCGAAACACGUUGCGCUGCUUUCCCGGAGGACUUCUUUGUCAUGCCUGGACCAGUUUACAAUCGGAAAUGCUGACAGCAGAGCAACAGGCAACAGAAGGCAGACUCUUCAUUUGCAGUCCGGUUGGUUUCAACGCCAGCGAGAUGAGUCGUACAUCCCCAUGGUUUCUGCGUCUUCCUGUGUCGACGGCGAGGGUUACAUUCCCAUGAGCCCCGCCGUGAGGAUCCCGGAGACGCAAGGCAAAGUCGAGGCCGCCAAGACUCUCAGCUCUCUCGCGUGCCAACCCGGGGAAGCGACGCCUCCUCCGAUACAUCGCCAUCUCAAACCUUGCUUGAGGAGAGCUCGACCCCCGCCUCUCGACUUGAGAGGCCUCUCCACCAUCACGGAAAAUCCCGCUCCUCACCUUUUAAGCAGAACAAAGGCUGAAUCUCGCUUUUCUGGAAUGUGUUUGGCUCACGAAGGAAGUCUUGAGAAUGGCGACAGUCCGAGCGAUGAAGACACGCAAACUGCCGCAACGGAGUCGAGAGCACAAUUCCCCCUCAGCCUGGACGGAGUCGUUCCACCCCGGGCACGAAGAUCCAACCUCGACUACUUGUCGCUGGAUUUCAACUCCGCUUCUCCUUCCCCCGUACAGAAGAAGCCUCUGCUUUGCGACGAACGCCGCGUGGAUUACGUGCAGGUGGACGAGAGGAAGACUCAGGCGCUACAAAACACUAAGAUGGAGUGGACGGACGUGCGGCAGUCCAAAACAUAAUUCAAGUAGAAAGUGACGCGUUUUGGUUUGAUAUCAUCGAAAAACAAUAUCGACGUGAACGCCGCAACAUCUGCAACUUGCACUGGAUAAAUAACAGGAAAAUCUGUUGGAUCAGUUCUCAUUGAGCUGAAACGUAGAAUUAUGUCUUUAUGUACAUUUGGGAAGAAAUCCUCAUCAAGAAGAAAGACAUUUCAACAAUAAAACAUGACUAUACUGUAUGAAUUAUGUAUUUUUCAGAAUGGCCCGAUUCACAGUAUUUCAGUCAAAAUUUUCCAUCCAUCUUCGAUAACAUUCGUCAGAAUUUGAGUCACAGGUGAGCCGCGAGGGGCGGGUUGAGACCCGGAUUGGCUGCCAGUCGCUCACGUUUGCAUGUACUGAAUGGAUAAGAAGAAACAAGUCGGUGUGCCUGAAGGUGGAGAGCCCAGAGAAAACUCCUGCGAACUUGAGCAGAACCCGCAAACUCCACGAAGGAAAGCUUGAGACAACUCUGAGACAGAUCUGCUGACCGUCCCUGUUUCCUUUGCCCACAUGUCCGUUGAAAUCCACACCAAUCACAACUUUCUCGCUAUCUGGGAUGCUCAGAACCACUUCAUCUACUCGUUUCUUCCGGAAUUUCUCUUUCAACUUUCGCUCACAUCCCACCUAUGGGCCAUAGCCGCCAAUCGCCCUCCAUUCCAAAUAUCAGCCUCGUCACUCGAUCUGAUACUCUUUACACCUCCGAGACAACCUUAGCCUGCUCUUCCUUUAAAAUCAGCCCUCCUCCAUGGUAAAAGAAUUGAAAUCCUUUCAAGCUGCUCUCUUGGACGCGGAAUACGUCAACCUUUCCCCGAAUCGCCCGAGGUUUUCCUGUCACGGUCUCAACAUUCAAAAUCCUCACAAUCAGUUGUAGGCUCUGUGCAUUCCUCUUCUUCUUCCGCCGACGAAUCCUUGCCAUGACUAAAAAAUAAAAUAAAA